GAUUGGAAAAACAAAGAUGGAGAUUUUGCUAUCUCAGGACGUGAUGUGAAUGAAACGUCCAACAGAUGAACGAACGGACACGCGCAGCCAAUUCACUGCAGACAGCUCACUGCGGGUUAACUACCUAACACCGAAGUGUCUACGUCGGUAGAAUUAACAGAUAAAAUGCCUUCUCCUAAAGCUAAAAACCCCGUACGCAGUGGUGGAAGCCCGGUGCUCGGGAGCUCCAACGGCCGCUACGAGUUCAUGUCACUGACGAAGCCGCUGAACCGGUCCUCGCCGUCGCAUCUCCACCAGCGGCAGGGCUCCGAGCCGGCCACGGCUCGCUUCCGAGCUUCGGAGAGCCCCACUCGGCGUCGGGGCUCCAGCUCCUCCACGGGCUCCGGGAGCGGCCAGGGGCUGUCAGAAGAGGACGGUAUACGGCUCAACCCCUCCUUCAUCCGCGUAGCGCUCAGCUCGCUUCUCGCUAUUGACCUGUGGAUGUCCAAGCGGCUGGGGGUGUGUGCCUGUGAGGACUCUUCCUGGGGCAGUGUGCGCCCGUUAAUGAAACUGAUAGAGAUAUCGGGACAUGGCAUCCCCUGGCUGGCGGGUACCGCCUACUGUAUGUACAAGAGUGACAGUGCUCCAGGACAAGAAGUCAUGCUCAACCUUCUCAUGGGCCUGCUGUUGGACCUGGUCCUGGUUGGCAUUGUUAAGGCGGUGGUGCGUCGGCGUCGGCCAGCACACAACCGCAUGGACAUGUUUGCCACCUUUUCUGUGGACCGCUACUCUUUCCCUUCAGGCCAUGCCACCCGCGCCGCCAUGUGUGGCCGCUUCCUGCUCGCUCACCUGGUGCUGGCAGCCCCGCUAAGGGUCCUGGUCCUGCUGUGGGCCAGCCUGGUGGGACUGAGCCGAGUGAUGCUGGGCAGGCACAACGUCACUGACGUGAUGUUUGGCUUCUGGAUGGGCUAUUGCCAGUAUAACCUAGUAGAGAUGUUGUGGCUCUCCCCUCAAACCCUGCAAGGGCUGCUGGGACAGUUAGCUUAACGUUAGGGAAGGAAGACAAGACAUGGAGGUUUUAAUCUUAAUUGUAGGAGCACCUGCACCCCUUUUUGUCUUCUAGACCGAUACACGUUUAGGAGAAAUUGACGCAGACUAGAGACGAGAGCUCUAUCCAACACAGCUUUGUUCUGCCGUUAUGACACUCUGGUUCAAAAGGCCAUUUUCUGCUUGUAAUACAUAAUACGGGACUUUUAUUUAGAAUAGACCAGGAGACAUUUGUCCAGAGUAGCUGAAGCCCCCUCACUCAGAUUUCCAGAUUCACUGGAAAUGAUUUAGGGCGUUUUCACACCUGCCUUGUUUAGUUUUGGUGGAAUCAAACCCCGAAGCGUUUACUUCCUCUGUCUAGUGUGAACACAUUAAACAAUAGGCGUGGGAAAAAUAAUCGAUUCUUAGAUGCAUCGUGAUUCUCUCUAGAACGAUUUGAUGCUCGAUUGGGAUACGUUAAUGUAUAGUUUUUUUAAUGUGUUGAUUUUUAUUUAGAAGUUACUGUCUCCAGAAAACAAAUUGGAAAACAGUGACUGCAAGAGGACGGGAUAAUGGACAACAACUUAGAGUUUAAGCACGAGUGCAUAAAAAUACACACAAAAAUGGCCAAAAAAAAAAAAAAGUUUUGUAUAUACAAUGCUGCUCAUGAGCAUAGGAACCCCUGAAUAAGGUAACUAAGAAGAGGCAUAAAA